CCCCCAUGCCAGCUUCCCAGGCUCCAGGACAAUUUCUUGAACAGGUAGAGAGUCCGACGCGAUCGGCCAAAAAGGGGGGAAGUCAGGCCGGACAUGUGUGCUGAACUUUAUAUCCGGUCGCAAAAGAGCGUGGUGCCGCGUUCCAGGGAUGCUGUGCGCAUUGGGGCUUGCAUAUCGCAACCACAGGUGACCAGACCGAUCCUCACUCAUUGUCGUCCAGGUCUGCUUUGAACCCGCCGCAGUGCUGGUUGUAGGGCUGUGCUGCCAGCCGACGCGCCAGACCAACCACCACCAACUAAUCUAAUCCCCUAGUCCCCCGACCAUUUUCCCCUGCCCGAGUGCGACCGGGGGUUCCAUUUGGUCCUGUGCGCUGAAUGCCUGCUGCCCUCAUUUGAUGUGCCCGGGCCUCUGAGCGAAAACGCCCCCUCCAUCUCCGGCGAGGGAAGAAAAAAUCGGGAGGUCGACGACGACAAAAAAACAAAAAAAAACUGGCCGGCGCACCACAUGGUCUCCACCCCGAUGCGCUCCCAGCCAUCUCCAAACACGCAACACGACUCCUCCCAACUGCCCUCCACACUCGGGCCUCUGCCACACGGCUGCGACCCGUCAUCGUUCUCUGAGCCCAACCCGAUCAUCUGCGUUGCUUUACGAAACGGUCGACCGAAGACGACAAUUGCGUGCCAAUAAACCAAGCAGCCCGACGGACACGCGACGCCAGGCUCCCAGACAACGAUAGCGUUUACAGUCGUCGACACACCACAUCGCAUCCUCCCGCAAGCGACGGCCGCCGAAUCGAACCGAAUGAUCUUGGGCUGACUGGCAUUGGGCCCGGCCACGCGCACCAGACUCCCGGCCGCAUCCAGGCGGAUCCUGAGCCCGAGGAGUCGCCAACAUGUCGUUUCUGUUCAAGUCCAAGAAGAACCAGGACCGGUCCCUGUCGAGUCGCGAUGGUCCACCGCCGUCGUCUCAGAACCCCGUCCAGGGCGCCGCCGCCAGAGUCGCUCGCGACGAGAAGAGCUCGCUGCAAAGAUCGACGCCGACCGGGAGCAUCAACUCGAUAGACAAUGAUGGCAGCAUCGGGAGCCCUGACCAGGUCGGGUACGCCGCUAGGCGACCACCACAAGCGGCGCCACCAGUGCAGGCUGGGCUCGACCAGCAGCCUAGCGAUCUGCCAUUCCGCAACGGAGGAGCAGUGCAGCCGCCUGCCCAAGUGCAAAUAUCGAGCCCCAACGCGAACCUCUACCCCUGGACCCAGCGCAGGUUGACAUACACCUCGUCGCACCCGAGCCCUUUCCCCCGCUACGGCGCCGCCGUCAAUUCGACUUCCUCAAAGGAGGGCGACAUCUACGUCAUGGGUGGUUUAAUCAACAGCGCCACCGUCAAGGGCGACCUGUGGAUGAUCGAGGCCGGUGGCAAUCUGGCCUGCUACCCUCUGGCCACCACCGCCGAGGGGCCCGGCCCCAGGGUUGGGCAUGCGAGUCUGUUGGUUGGCAAUGCCUUUAUUGUCUAUGGUGGAGAUACCAAGAUCGACGAGACCGACGUCCUGGACGAGACAUUGUAUCUCCUCAACACCUCCACGAGACAGUGGUCCAGAUCUUUGCCGGCGGGCCUGCGCCCCUCUGGCCGGUACGGCCAUUCGCUCAACAUCAUCGGCUCCAAGAUCUACAUCUUUGGUGGACAGGUUGAGGGCUACUUCAUGAAUGAUCUCGCCGCUUUCGAUCUGAACCAGCUCCAGAUGCCGAACAACAGGUGGGAAAUGCUGUUGUCCAACAGCGACAGUGGCGGGCCGCCCGUUGGAAAGGUGCCGCCGGCGAGAACCAACCAUACGAUGAUCAACUAUAAUGAGAAGAUGUACCUGUUCGGAGGCACCAACGGGUUCCAGUGGUUCAACGACGUCUGGUGCUACGAUUCUCCGACCAACACCUGGACUAUGCUUGACUGCAUAGGCUACAUCCCGAUUCCGAGAGAAGGGCACGCCGCUGCACUUGUUGACGAUGUCAUGUACAUUUUCGGUGGCCGCACCGAGGAGGGAUCUGACUUGGGGGACCUGGCCGCGUUCCGCAUCACCUCGCGCCGCUGGUACACAUUUCAGAACAUGGGGCCCUCGCCUUCACCCCGCUCUGGGCAUAGCAUGACAACCGUUGGAAAGGCGGUCGUCGUCGUCGGCGGCGAGCCUAGUUCGGCGGCAACUGCCGUAAACGAUCUCGGCCUCGUGUACAUGCUCGACACCACCAAGAUCCGAUACCCGCCCAACGAUUCCUCCUCACAGUCGCGCAAUGGCUCGCAGUCGAGGCAACGAAGCGCUAGCAACGCAAACGAAGCCGGUAUGCAUGCCGCCAGCCGAGGGCUCCCCAUGCGGGAAGGGUCCAACGGCCCGGAGGGUAGGAAAAUGAUGGCGGCGCGGGAAGCGGGUGUCAGCAGUCCUGCCAAUGUCAUUCGGAGCGACAUGACCAACCCGCAAGGGGCGCCAAACCAGUCCAAGCUCCCCCGAGCCGCGGGUGCAUCGCCUCCCGCUGGCCCACCCCCUCAAGGCCAGCCACCAAGGCCGACGGUCAAUACCUCGGCCUCUUCGACUCGCCCUUUGCGUAAUGCAUCUGUCGAACGGGCCGAGAUUGUCGUCUCCCCAGUUACCCCCAUCCAAAACCCCACGAUACCCGAGGUCAAGGCAGCCGAACCCGCAACCAAUGGGAGACGCACUCCAACCAAGGCUACGCCCAAACCUGAGCCCAUCGCCGAGGCUCCAAAGCCCAAAACAGCUCGCUCCGCUCGCUCGCAAGGGUCUGUCGAUAGCUCAACCGAGCCAACCCUGAAGGUAGCCCCUGCACCGCGGCCGGCAUCGCCGCCUCCGCCCACUCGUCAGAACAGCAAUCCCAUGUCCCGCAGGUCAUCUGGCCGGGCCUCGCAAACUGUUGCGAUUCUUAAAGAGCUGGAUAUGGCCAGGAGCAGGAACGCGUGGUAUGCAUCGGAGUUGGAGCUGGCAAGGAAACAAGGCUACACCCCCAACACUACACUGAGUCCUGUUCUCGAAGGCCGAGCGGCCGAGACUUUCGACGACGAAGACAAGCCACUUAUCGAGGCCCUCCUGGCCAUGCGCCAGGAGCUUGCUGGUGUGCAAGCUUCGGUCGACAAGCAGGCGGUCUUGGCUGCCAAGCAAAUCGCCGAGGCAGAGAGACAGAGGGAUGUAGCGAUACAGGAGGCGGUUUAUGCCAAGGCCAAGCUUGCGGGCCGUGCUGGAGGUAGUACUUCGAGCACGCCGCAGAUGGACAUGGCAAGGGACCUGGACGACAGGAGCAGCGAGAUGAGCCGGAAGCUUGCGGGCGCCCUGAACACCCAGCGUGACCUCCAGAGCCAGGUCGAGCGCCUGUCUUCGGAAAUCGAGGCCGAGAAGCGAGCCCGGAAGCUCGCCGACGAAACGACGAACGCGGCGCAAAAACGCAUGUCAGCCCUGGAGACAUACAAACAGCAGACGUCGCUCGAGACCGAGAGCCUGCGCGCGGAGCUGCACAUGCUCCAGCGCGAGGCGCGAGAGCAGUCCCUCGUGGCGGCAGAGGCCGUGGCCCAAUUCGGUAUGUUGCGCGUGGAGAAGAACGAGUUGGAGGUCAAGUACAAUGAGGUCUCGGGCUCGUCGGAGGAGCACAGCACUGCCAUUGCCUCUCUGCGCGAGGCACUUGUGUCUUCGGACGAGACCAAGGAGCUGCUCGAGCGCAAGAUGCAGGAGGAGCGAGAGCAACGCGAGGCGAUGGAGGCCAAGUUGAGGACGCUCAUGGCCGAGCACGAAGCGUCGGUAGCCGAGCUCGAGUCGGUCACACGAAAGCUUCAGGAUGCUGAGCAGAUGGCAGAAAGCCACGCAAAGGAGGCCAAGCUGCACAAGCAGGCUUUGAUGGGCGGAUUCGAACAGAUUGCCGCUAGGUCCAUCGGCAAGGAUGCAAAUGCCGACUCGGAGCGCGUCACGGCUCUACAGGGCCAGCUGACUGCGGCCAACGCCCUGGCGAGGAAGUACCAGCAGCAGGCGGACAUGGCCUCGGACAAGCUGCGGAGCGCCGAGGAGCGCAUCGCGGGCCUGGAGGCGUACCAGGAACAAGCUAGCCGGGAGGGCGUAACCAUCAGAAAGCAGCUCCAGGCGGCGCUCAGGGAAACGCAGAAUCUGCAGGCCUCGGCCUCGGAUCUGAAGAACCAGCUGGCCAAACAACAACUGGAGAGCAACGCCGUCACGGUGCAGCACAACACUCUGAAGAGCAUCCUCGGUGAGCGCGGCAUCAGCCCGACAGGAGUGAGGUCACGUGGUAGCCCACGUGGAGACUCUCCCGAGGCUCCAGCGAGGGUGCGUGAGCUUGAGCAGCAACUCGAGUCGACGCAAACGGCACACGAGGAGAACAGGCAGGCGUUUAUGGCACAGGCGCAAGCGUCGGAGAGCGCCUACCGCGAAAAGCUCAGCCAGCUGGAGAACGACUACCAGUCGGCGGUGCACUACGUCAAGGGCACCGAGAAGAUGCUCAAGAAGCUCAAGGAGGAGUUGGCGAGAUAUAAGAACGAGAACUCGCGGCUCAAGAGCGAGGUGAUUGAGCUCGAGGACAAGACCAGCGGGGCGCCGUCGGACUGGGAGUCGGAGAAGGCGUCGUUGACCAAGAAGAUCGAGACGCUGCAGUCGGAGAUGAUGUCGGCGACGACGCAGCUUGAGAAGCAGAUGCAGGCUGUGCGCAAGGAGCUGGACACGGCGAAGCGCGAGCGCGACAGCGCCGUUAAGCACAGCGAGGAGGCAUCGCAGCGCAUCAACACGAGCAAGAAGGACCUCGAGCAGUUGCAGCACGAGAACGCUCUGCUGCAGGAGCGGGCGCAGGACGCGGAGGAGAAGGUUAGCCUGCUGCUCGACCAGGUCGAGACUUCGGUCGACAACUACCGCCGCCGUAGCAGGCAGGUAGCCAGCAUGGGCUCGGACCAGUUCCGCGACUCGAGCAGCAGCGCCGGUGCCGCGGCCGCCCCGGCUGCGGCCGUCCCGGCCACCAACGGAAAGUCGGGAGCCGCGACGGCGGCGGCAGUGGGGACAGUGGCCGGUGGCGUUGGUGCGGCCGCGGCGUCGGGGCUCGCUGGCGUCGGUCGGGUACGCAGUGACAGUGCCGAGACGACUAGCGAGUACGGCGGCAACCUCGAGGAGCGCAACAGCGCCGCCCUCGACAGCCUGGCCAACGAGCUCGAGACGCUGCGCACGCAUUGGGAGGCGACCAACAAGAACUACCGGCUCAGCAACACGUUCGACUUUGAGCCGCCGACGGCCGCGACGACAUCGCCAGGAAGGAAGGGCGAGAAGGACGAUAACGGACUGAGCGAGUCUCUGGCCGACUGGAGAAAGAGGCUUGACAACGCAUAAAAAUGUGGCCCGAGGUUGGUGUGUUUCUGUUGCUGCCUCAAGAUGGGGACGGGACGCCAGACGGCGACGGGGUACUCGUCUCGGACGGCUUAAAACUGGGUGGUUUAAUUCUUGAAUGAGGGGUGGGCUAGGUUUAUUUCUCCAACUCUCUUGGCCUCUUUUUCUUUCUUUUCGCCCCUGCACCUACCUCUCUUUUUUUCCUUGCAUAUUUUCUCUUUUCUCUAUCGCCACUGAUUUAUGGAUGCCGACAUGUCUGAUCUACGCCUCUUUCAGUUCCUGUCUCUUCGUUUCUACAUCUGCCUUUUAUGUUCUCUCCCUUUCAGCCUGCCUGCCGAGCAGGCAUUGUCGGGACCUCGACGUGGCUUACAGCCUUCUGUACGUGUGGGCUAUCAUCUUUCUUGUUUUCCAUACCCGUAUACCAGCACAUGGUCUGUUUGUCUUCGUAAUGGCACCUCGUUUUUGACACUCGCUAUCCGAGACCUGGCACAGACAGGGUGUAUUAUUCUCUGAUGGUUUGGGGGGGCUUACCUCUUUUCCUUUCUUUUAUUUGUUGCCUAUUGCUUGAUGACCUGGCCUUGCGCCGCCACACCCACAAUAACAAAUACUCUAUUACUUGUUUGAUACGAGGCAAACUAUUCAUUUAGCAGCUGUAUUCUGGGCUUGUCCCGCCGUUGAC